UGAUUUCACAUGUCCGUGAAUUCUGAGUUCGCUCUGUCGUGUCGCUCACUCGGUCUCCGUUACAAAUGCCGGCAUCGUAAAUACGUUGCGAUUCUGUUUUGGACAGUGUUUGGGUGUCUUGAUUAUUCUGUGUCGUUGUUAACUAUCGAUUUCAUCAAUUGGACGUUGAAUUUAAGGUGUUCCGUAACUGUCGGUGUAAUCAAUGUAAAGCGUAAGCCAUGCGCAGCGACAUGGCGUACCGAGGGCUGUCCCAGCAUGUCGAGUUGGACCGCGCUGCGGACCCUCAGGAUCGAUUCACGCUGCAAGAGCUGAUAGGCGAAGGUACAUACGGCGAAGUGUACUGCGCUAAGGACAAAAAGACUGGCCGACGGGUUGCUGUUAAGAUAUUAGAAAAUAUAGCUGAGAAUAUUGAAGAAAUAGAGGAAGAGUUUCUCGUAUUCAGAGAUUUAUCCAGCCACCCCAAUAUCCCAGAAUUCUUCGGAUUAUUUCUAAAAAGAGGAAUAUCGUCCGAAGAUGAUCAAAUAUGGUUUGUUAUGGAGCUGUGCACGGGCGGUUCAGUGACAGAUUUGAGUGCUGGAAUGCGGGCACGCGGAAGCAGUUUAACUGAGCCACAACUUGCUUAUGUACUACGUGGUACAGUGCGAGCACUAACACAUCUUCACGCGCAUCGAUGUAUGCAUCGAGAUGUCAAAGGUCAUAAUAUUUUGUUAACUGAACACGCUGAAGUAAAACUAGUAGAUUUUGGCGUAUCUUCACAUUUAGCUGCAACAGUUGCUAGAAGAAAUACGUCUGUCGGUACUCCAUAUUGGAUGGCCCCGGAGGUAAUAGCAUGCGAGCAACAACUAGAUCAAUCCUACGAUUGUAGAUGUGAUGUGUGGUCAGUUGGUAUCACAGCCAUCGAGUUAGCAGAAGGAGAGCCACCACUUUCUGGUUUACAUCCAAUGCGAGCUCUAUUUCAAAUUCCUCGUAAUCCACCACCAACGUUGUCACAUCCAGAAGUAUUUUCUUCUCAGUUAACAGAUUUUAUCUCAGAAUGUUUAGUCAAAGAUAUGAACCAAAGACCUUUCGCCCGAGAACUUUUAGAACAUCCUUUGUUACUAGCUGUCAAUAAUUUCGAAGAUAAGAUUCGUAAAGAACUCCACGCAGAAAUAAAGAGACAAAGAGCAGAUGGAAGAACUUCUCGUGCACCGGAGGCUACUACAAAAAGAGGAAAACUAAAAUCUCAUCGAAAAGCUAAACCUGAAAAAAUGUAUACCGAUGACUUAGCUACUCUCGAAACUUUAACAGAAGAAGCUAUUGUCAAUCAGUUACAGAAAAGAUACACCCAAAAUCAAAUAUACACGUAUAUUGGUGAUAUACUUGUUGCAGUCAACCCUUUUACAGACAUAGGCAUAUACACCACUAAGACUCAACAAAUAUACCAAGGCCGUUGUCGAUCAGAUAAUCCUCCUCAUAUAUAUGCUGUAGCCGACGCCGCACACCAGGCGUUGUUACAUCAAAAACAGAAUCAAGCCAUCGUCAUAUCUGGUGAAAGUGGUGCUGGCAAAACUGAAUCCGCUAAUCUUCUAUUAAAACAACUAGCAUACUUAUCAAAAACACAGUACGGAAAUUUAGAAGAUAAAAUACUACAAGUGAAUCCAAUAAUGGAAUCUUUUGGAAAUGCACGAACCGGAAUAAAUGCGAACAGUUCCCGCUUCGGAAAAUAUUUGGAUCUAUCAAUAAUGAGAAUGGGCAAAAUUUCAGGAGCCCGAAUAUCAGUUUAUCUUUUAGAACAAUCAAGAGUAGUUCACCAAGCAUUAGGUGAGAGCAAUUUUCAUGUCUUCUAUUAUCUUUACGACGGGUUAGAAAGCGAAGGUCGGUGGAGAAAAUUUUAUCUGGAUGAACAAUUGAAGUCUAGGCAUCGGUAUCUACAGCCUCUUUCUGUAGCCCAUCGCGAGCAUAACGUGCAUCGAUGGCGUCAACUGAAUCAAGCUUUUAAGGUUGUAGGAUUUAAUGAGGAUGAGGUACAAAUUAUAUACAAAAUGCUGGCUGCCAUCUUGCAUCUUGGAGACAUAGAAUUCGCCGAAACAGCAAGUGAAUAUAACGCCGAUAACAGAGCUACCAUAAUUGAUACAGCUCCACUGCAUAGAGCGUCAUGCUUAUUGGGUGUAGAGACAAGUGAUCUUAGAGAAUGUUUAACAAGCAGCAGUGUCGUAACUAAGGGUGAAACAAUAGCACGAUAUAGUUCACCCGCAGAAGCUGCCGUAGCAAGGGAUGCAACCGCAAGAGGGAUAUACGCAAGAGCAUUUGACAGAAUUGUCGAGAGAAUUAAUGCACUGUUAAGUCAAAAUAGACCUCACAGCGAUCACCUAUCUAUUGGAAUUCUUGAUAUCUUCGGCUUUGAAAACUUCACUAGAAAUUCAUUUGAGCAGCUUUGCAUAAAUAUUGCAAACGAGCAAAUUCAAUAUUACUUUAAUCAACAUAUUUUCACAUGGGAACAGCAAGAGUAUAUGGCUGAAGGUGUACCAGUAGAUCUUGUUGAAUUUUCGGAUAAUAGGCCAGUUUUGGACAUGCUCCUUUCUAGACCAAUGGGGUUAUUAGCACUUCUUGAUGAAGAAAGCCGUUUUCCACGUUCUUCAGAUAGAAGUCUCAUCGAAAAGUUCCACCGAAAUAUUAAAAGCAAGUACUAUGUACGCCCUAAAUCAGAUGCAGUAUGUUUUGCUAUUCACCAUUUUGCUGGUCGGGUUGUUUAUCAAGCAGAUGGCUUCUUAGAGAAGAAUCGUAACUUCUUACCUCCAGAAGUGAUCCAACUUAUGAGACAGAGUCAGUAUGAUACAAUCAGGUUUUUGUUCCAAUGUCCAAUGACAAAGACUGGUAAUUUAUUCUCAGCUUUACAUGGAGAUAUUGAUUCAAGGACUUUGGAAAGUCCGGUGUCUAAUGAUGUUCGGGAUCGAUUUAAUAGUCGAGGUCUUGCGUCUCAGUCACGAGCGCAACAAACUGUAUCGACAUAUUUCCGUUACUCUUUAAUGGAACUGCUUCAAAAAAUGGUCAGUGGAACGCCUCAAUUUGUGAGAUGCCUGAAACCAAAUGACUCUCGAUCACCAAAACAUUUUGAUUCAACGAAAAUACUGAAACAGCUAAGAUAUACAGGAGUAUUGGAAACAAUACGAAUAAGGCAAAAUGGAUUUUCUCAUCGUCUUACUUUUGAGGAGUUUAUAAAAAGGUACGGAUUCUUAGCGUUCGGUUACGAGGAAGAAGUAAAGCCUAAUCGUGACUCCUGUCGACUUCUGCUACUGAGAUUGAAAAUGGACGGAUGGGCACUUGGCAAAUCUAAAGUAUUUUUGAAGUAUUACCAUGUAGAGGUACUUGCAAGAAUUUACGAAGAACAGAUAAGAAAAGUAAUAUUAAUGCAGGCGUGUGUGCGAGCCUGGUUGGCUCGAAAAAAUUUCCUCAGACUGAAGGCACAGAUGGCAAUAUCUGUUCUCACUUUGCAAAGGCACGUCCGUGGCUGGCUCACGAGGAAAAGACUUCAGGAACGACAAAAGCAGUUGGCAAGGGAAUUUCAGAGAGGUCAAAUCGAACAAGAAAAUCAAAGGAAGCAACAACGAGCAGGUAUUCCAAAUAAAAAUAAUGUUUUGAUGGCUAAAGUACUCAGACGAUUCAAUACGGACGAUAGUGAUACAACAUGUACAAAUUCGAGCAACAAAGAAAAUGAAAGUUCCGAAAAAGCAGUUCAGAAUCAAAGUCCGCGGCGAAAACUAAAGAAUCGUAUAGCACCUCCGCCUCCACAGCACUCACCGCCUGCGCCGCCGUCUCAACAGCAACUGAUGCAGCAACAUUCAGUUCAGGAACGAGCAGCUGAAUUGCAAACGUUUGCUGAUCAGGUCCACAUGAAAAACCAAGAAGUUCACAAGAAUCUACGGCGCAACAAACCAGGAAUCCGGGUCAAAGAUAUUAAAAAACCACCUGAGGAAUACCAGCCGCCACCCGGCUUUAGUAUUGUCCCUGCCAUUAUAAGAGGACAACCGUCUAAAGUUGUAGAAGAUGCCAGUAGACUUUCAAGCCCAUCUCCAGAGUUUUACGAAUGUGACACAUUGCCAUGGGAUCAAAUUUUUCAAAUGAAGGAUUUUUCCAUGAACAGACAUCAACAGAACCCUCACGAUAAGGGCUACAGCGAAGAGAAGCCGCUUCAAUCGAAUCAGAAUUGGCAAAACCUACCUUGCAGUAGGCAGUGUAGUGGUCUAGUCAGUGGACAACAGAAUCAAGGUAACAAAAUAAAUCAACUAGUGAGGCAAACGCAAAAAAAUGAGACACCACCACGACCCGUCUAUGAUCAAGCGUACGAUCCAGAAUCGGAUCUUCGCAAGAUUCUGCGCAACUCCCCAGAAAUCCUCGCCACACCGGUCUUCAGCUCUGACGACGAUUACACAGACGGACCUUUCCGAUUCAAGCAAUUAUUACGACCUACCUUAGGUCCCACAGAAAGCCUUCGCAAGAGAAAAGUCCGCAACUCCUCGAGCCAAAGUCCCUGGAUGUCAGAUAGCUCACAGGAUAGCAACAGUUCCAAGGCUCUUUAUAAUAAACGGCGUCCACAAAUCAGUAUGGGAGUUUACUACAAUUAGUUUGGACAAUGACUAAAAUUAAUGAUUUUCGUGUUAUAUAUGUAAUAUUUAAAAUAUUGAAUAGAAGCGUUAAUUUGUGAAAGCUUAUUAAUUUUGAGUAAAUCUUACAAAUUCAAACAACAUGAACAAAUCCAUUGCAAUCUUAUAUAUUUAAAAAUAAUUUUGGGAAUCAGAAAUUUCUCUACAAACUGUUUUUAUUGAUUACAUUAAUUUAGACUCUGGAUUUUUUAGACUUUAUACAAUAUAAGUUCACCUAGUCCAUUAUUAGCUCUAUCGCCUACUUUUGUUUGGUGUUAUAGCGUUUACUUACUGAUAUGCUUCUGUAGAUUAGAAAUUAACUAUAAUAAUUACUUUAUUAUGUUAUGUUUGAAUAGAUUUUAUGCGAUUUUAACUAUUUUCUGUAUAUAAGCGAUAACCAAAGGCCUAUGAUAUAAUUAAUAAUAAUCUUUAUUUUUUUAGUCACUUAUCUAAUUGUGUGCAAAUACUUAACUACGAAUAUUAAGGACUGGAGUGUUUUUUUAUAUUGCUAGUAAAAACGUGAAAUGAUGCUAAAGCUGAAGAAAUGAUUUUUUUACAAUAACUUUUAAUUAUACAUUCACUUGAUCAAUAAUAAUACCUAUAUCGUAUUGUAUAAUGAAAUUAAAAAUUAUUUGUAUUUUUCAAUGAAAUUAAAUCUUUUAUUAAUUAAAGAUCCAUAAAUAUCAUUGACAAUAUUUUGUGUGAUAAUGUGCCAAUGAUUAUUGUUAAGUUUAAUCAUAAUGUAUACGGUUGAUGAUAUUGAUUUCGUUGAGAGUUAAAUAAAUAAAAAAAAUUUA